AAACACAACAGGAAACAUGCCAGAGAAAAAACACUUUAGUCUACUUCCGCAACGUCAGUAAUGACACGUAUUCAAAAUGGCGGCCGCGGCUAUGGUGAGGUGGUGGGCCUUUUUGCUGUUGUCCCUGCUGCCUGUGAGCCGGUCCUUCUAUGUUCCUGGAGUAGCUCCACGGAAUUUCCAUGAUGGCGACGUUGUAGAUAUCAAGGCGGUAAAGCUGACCAGCUCCCGUACCCAGCUUCCUUAUGAAUACUACUCCCUGCCAUUCUGUAAACCAAAAGAGGUUGUCUACAAGGGAGAGAACCUGGGUGAGGUCUUACGUGGAGACCGUAUUGUAAACACCCUUUAUAACGUGGAGAUGAAUAAAGACAAGAAAUGUGAGCUGGUGUGUAAAAAGACAAAGCUCAGCAUAGACGAGAGUAAGCUGAUGGCUGAGCGAAUCCAGGAGGAGUAUUAUGUUCACCUUAUUGCAGAUAACCUUCCAGUUGCCACCAGGUUAGAGUAUCCCAGCAGAGAGGGAGGAGAAGAGGAGGAUCAGAAGAAGGACACGAUAAAAGAUGUCCAGUUUGAACAUGGUUACAGAUUGGGCUUCUUUGACAAAAACAAGUUUUAUCUGCACAACCAUUUGUCCUUCAUCCUGUACUUCCACAAGGAGAAACUGGUGGAAGGGGACCUUCAUGACUACAGGGUAGUCCGAUUUGAGGUUAUACCACGGAGUGUCAAAGUAGAAGAUCUGAAGCCUGCAGAGGCGCUGAAGACCUGCACCCUACCUGAAGCCAGUGGCUCUGCCGCUCAAGAGAUCGACCCUACCAAGGAGAAUGAAGUCCUGUUCACCUACUCUGUACACUGGGAGGAGAGUGAGGUGAAGUGGGCAUCUCGCUGGGACACAUACCUGACCAUGAGUGAUGUCCAGAUCCACUGGUUCUCCAUUGUUAACUCUGUGGUGGUCGUCUUUUUCCUCUCAGGUAUUCUGAGUAUGAUCAUCAUCAGGACCUUGAGGAAAGACAUUGCUAACUACAACAGAGAGGAUGACAUAGAGGACACCAUGGAGGAGUCGGGCUGGAAGAACGUCCACGGUGAUGUGUUCAGACCACCUCAGUAUCCCAUGAUCCUCAGCUCUCUUCUGGGCUCAGGGAUCCAGCUGUUUUGCAUGAUCCUCAUUGUAAUCUUUGUUGCCAUGUUGGGCAUGCUGUCUCCAUCAAGUCGAGGAGCCUUGAUGACCACUGCCUGCUUCCUCUUCAUGUUCAUGGGUGUGUUUGGUGGCUACUUUGCUGGCAGACUGUAUCGAACACUGAAGGGUCAUCGAUGGAGGAAAGGAGCAUUCUGUACAGCAACUUUGUAUCCUGCUGUGGUUUUUGGGAUCUGCUUCAUCCUCAACUGUUUUAUCUGGGGAGAACACUCGUCUGGAGCGGUCCCAUUCACUACAAUGUUGGCCCUACUUUGCAUGUGGUUUGGCAUUUCCAUGCCCUUGGUCUACCUUGGCUACUACUUUGGCUUCCGCAAACAGCCGUAUGAUAACCCUGUACGCACCAACCAGAUCCCUCGGCAGGUACCAGAGCAGCGCUGGUACAUGAACAAGUUUGUCGGCAUCCUGAUGGCUGGGAUCCUGCCGUUUGGUGCCAUGUUCAUUGAACUCUUCUUCAUUUUCAGCGCCAUCUGGGAGAACCAGUUUUAUUACCUCUUUGGCUUCUUGUUUCUGGUCUUCAUCAUUUUGGUGGUGUCCUGCUCUCAGAUCAGCAUUGUGAUGGUUUAUUUCCAGCUCUGUGCAGAGGAUUACCGGUGGUGGUGGAGAACUUUCCUGGUUUCAGGAGGCUCGGCUUUCUAUGUCCUUGUUUACGCCGUUUUCUACUUUGUCAACAAGCUGGACAUUGUGGAGUUCAUCCCCUCCCUUCUGUACUUUGGCUACACCACCCUCAUGGUCUUGUCUUUCUGGCUGUUAACGGGCACAAUUGGCUUCUAUGCCGCCUACAUGUUCAUCAGGAAAAUCUAUGCUGCGGUCAAGAUCGACUAGUCAUUGCUGGUGCUGCUGUUUUUGUUUGUUUUUUUUCUUUUGUUUUUUUUUUGUUUUUGUAACAUUCUACAUAUAUAUAUAUAUAUAUAAAAAAUGUUCUUCAUGUUCAACAAGCACUGACUUGAGUGCAGAAGGAAUGAGAGGGUUGCUUUCUACAGUGCAUCAGUCCCAACUGCUGGCCUCACAAUAAAGAAAACCAAGGUGGCAGAUCUAAAACAGCUGUCGCCUUGCUUCUGCCUCCCUCCUCCUCCUCCUCCUUUCCAGGACACCUAGAGGAUGUCUGUUCUGCCGGGACUAUUAAUGUCCUCUGCUGUUUCACCUUUUUCCACAAAGACAGGGGGCCAAAGCUUGUCAAACAAGGGUUUCUGCACAUUUUAUCUUUUGUGUAUGUGUGUGUGUGUGUGUUUGUGUGUGUUUUUUUUGAUUGUAACUUAUCCAGGUUUUUAUUUUUGUCUUCAUGGGAUUUAUCUGUGUCUUGAUUUCUAUUGGCUGCCUCCUGGGAGGCUACUUCCUUCUGGUUUCCCCACGUAAAUUCUGUUUCUACACUUUCUGCUGUCUCCAUUUUCAGACAUGACCUUCUUUUCAGAGACUUUACAGAUCAGGAAAGGAUUGAGGAUCGUUUCUGUGGUUAUGUUGUUUGUUGUGUUGAACUCAUGGAUGGAAACCACCCUGGGAAGUUCUACAUUGUAACACAAAAAUGUAUAAAUUAAAUCUUCUAUUGUGUUUUUUUAACUUCAGUUUCCAUGUCCUGGUGUAACCAUGUUAACCACAACUGUAAUCCAAAUAUUAGCUUCUCCCUCCCAAACACUGGGUUUCUUAUUCAUGUCAAAAUAUUGCUCCAUUUGCGCUAAAUGAAGCAGAACUGCUCAGAAUGUGACUGAACUUGAAUAUUUGAACCCAACUACCCAUUUUAUAUUCAAAAGCCUACAACACAAAUAUGUUUUUCUGCUCGUUAACCACGCCAUCAGUGUAGCCUUAGCAGUGCCUGAGCCUGCUGAACUAUGCAGUAAUGAGGAGAAAAGGUGCAAAUUGCAAAGGUUGUUUCAGAGGACCAUUUUUAUUAAGAAAUGCCUAUUUUCUUUCAUUUUUGAGCCUAACGUACCAUACGCUUGUUUGUAUAAUCUGAUGUGUUUUGAAAGCCCAGCAAGAUCACCUCUGUGUGGCUGGUAGCGGAGCUUAGAGGUCCUGGGAUGUUUUGAAUGUAAUUGACAGGAUUCUUAUUAGAUGUGUACAGCCUGUGUUUUGUGCGCUGCAGAUCACGUUUCCCUUUCUUUUCAAAUUAUAUGUAUUUUUCAGCUUAAAAACAUGCAGUUUGAAGAUGGGUGGAACCUGAUUUUUAAAAAAUGCUUUACCUUCAACUCAAGGGCUUCAUCUAGGCAACCAUUUUAUUUUACAGUAGCAAAAUUACAAUAUGUAUUAAUCCAGUUGAGCAAAUAGAAAUAAACGUAUUCGCUUCCUUUAAAAGCUAGGCUAGGCUAGGUAAGAAGACUGAUACCACUCCCAUGACUGUUUGUUAAAUAUGAGCUAGUGACAGGUUAUUUUCAGUAGGCAUAAAGAGGAAAGAUGACAUUCUUGCUAUGUCUCAAGGCAUAUAACCCUCCCAUUAGUUGGGAAGUAAUUUGUCUGACUUUUCAUGUUAUUCAGUCAACUAUCGACAACGCCAUGGACAAUACGCCAUGGACAAUACGCAUAUGCUGAGGUUUUUAUUGACUGCCUUUCUGACCGUUUGAGUCACCCAAUUUUUACAGAAUACAAAAUAACCUGAAACAAGUGAUGCAGAUCUACAGAUUUCUGUAGGACCAAAAGUCUCUUUGCAACAACAGGUGCCUUCAGUUGGUAAAUUAGAAAGAAUGCAGGUCUAAGAUUCUAAAGCACUAGCUUCACUUUUCAGCCUAUGGACUAAUCUAGGUUACUUUAUGCAGAGCAGCUCUAACCAGAUACCGCAUUUCAGUUGAAUGAUAGCCAAAUUAAAGGUAAAAUAUAUGAGUUUGCCCCAUGAAAUUUCUUAAAUCUGAAUGUUCGUUACCAGCCAUGUUUUUAUUAUAAACAGUGUAAAAGGUGGAAGUGGCUACUCUGACAUCAUCUGUUGGUUUCUAAAGUUCUGUUUUGGAGCCUCGAGUUUGACGUUUUCAUCAUUGCCAUCUUGGUUUCAAAUAACUUGAUGUGACAAGGGGGGUAUGGCUGACCAUGAAACCCCUUGCUCAUUGGCUGACUUGUCGCAAGCCUGUGAGUCUAUUGAGAUUUACAAAACAACUUCAUUUUUAGUCAAUAUGACUUGAAAUGAGCAACUAAGCUACACAGAAGCUAUGUCCAUGUUUUAUAUCAUCUGUGGUUUUUAUGUAUAACUUCAACAACUUCUGUACAACAUGAAUUUCUUCUGUCAGAAACAAAACUUUCCAAUUAUUCCAGCACCACAUCUGUACACAAUAAAUCGGCCUUGUGCUGGCGAGGAGUAGUGACCAUCUGUACAGCCAGGUUACCUGGUCAUCCAUUUUUGCUAAGCUAAGCUACCUGGUCACAAGGGUUAGUUUAAUUUACAGAAAGCUAACUGGCUGCUAGCAGUAGAUUGCUACAGAAGCAUUAGUUUUUGGUCUAAGGUAAGCUAUCUAGUACCAAGCUUUUCUGUUUAAUGUUAAUAUAUGGGUCUUAAUGCUAUGCUAAGUUAACCUGCUGCUAGCAAGAACUUUGCUCAGAUUGUGAUGUCAACGAUGCAAUGCAUUAUGGGACUAUAUAAAGAUAGGUGCUGCUUUUGGGUUUGAAAGUAAAACUGGGGACAUUAGAACACAGAUAUUAGUGUUUGUGGUGUGCUAAGCUAGCCAGUAGAUAGCAAUAGUUUCUUAACUACACAGAGACAUAAGUUUUUGUGCUAAAUGUCAGUAGAUGUGUGGUAUCACUCUUCUUAGGAAGAUGGCACCUAAGUGCAGAUCAGUAUCACUAAUACAGUAUAUCUGAAGCAGUAUCCAUAUCUCAAGUAGAAAACAAUGGAUGGUGUCUGCAGAAUGCCAGGUUAUCAGACUGUAUGUGGUGUGGUUUUAAAGGAAAAUAUAUUUGCAGUAUAUUUCAAUUAGGACUGGAUGGCUCAGGCCAAGGCCUUUUUUUUUUUUUUU